ACAAUAGCUAUAAUAAAUGUUAACAAAACGGUUGAAAACGUUGAAAAGAGCGAAGUAGUGGUCAACCCUGUUAAAUUACAUACGAGCUUAAAAAUUAAUCCAGCUAUUAGCAAUAUACCCCAUGAGGGGUCCAAUCCAUGGGUAGCCGUCAUAUUGAAGAACAACUCGCAUCACUGCACCGGCAGUAUAUUGAAUAACCAAUGGAUCAUUAGUGCCGCCAAUUGUUUCACGGACAAAAACGCCACCAUUUAUGGCAUAAGGAUUGGCAGCAUAUCUGUGUCAGACGGCAACGAGUACAGGGUGUCAAAGAUUAUACCACACCCGAGGUUUAACAAAUUCGGCCACAAAAGCUCCGACUUAGCCCUACUCUUAGUGAACGGCACCAUUGAAUUGG